AACCACGACUCCAAUAACCCCAACCACGACUACCACCACCUCAACCACUAUGGAAACGACAUCAACAACCACAGCCACAGAUCCCUUUCCGUCCCCUGCGUCUUCUGCGUCUUCGUCUCCGUCGGUGGUGCUGUUAAUAGUGGUGCCGGUGGUGGCGGUGGUGAUAUUCCUGGUGAUAGUGGUGGUGGUGGUAGUGGUGGUGGUGGUCUGCCGCAGGCGACGAAGACGCAGAUCAGCGGCAUCACGCAUGGGGGUCCAGUAUCAUCACCAGCCUGACCCACCCACACCCACACAAGACUAUGUCAUCGAGAACAACCUGUAUGAACCACUCGGAGGCCUCGUAAACCCCACCAGAGCCAGGGAUGACCAGCAACAAGUAUACGUCGUGGAGAACAACCUGUAUGAACCUCUCCCUGGACCUGUAAACCCCACCAGAGCCAGGGAUGACCAGCAACAAGUAUACGUCGUGGAGAACAACCUGUAUGAACCUCUCCCUGUACCUGUAAACCCCACCAGUGCCAGGGAUGACCAGCAACAAGUAUACGUCGUGGAGAACAACCUGUAUGAACCUCUCCCUGGACCUGUAAACCCCACCAGUGCCAGGGAUGACCAGCAACAAGUAUACGUCGUGGAGAACAACCUGUAUGAACCUCUCCCUGGACCUGUAAACCCCACCAGUGCCAGGGAUGACCAGCAACAAGUAUACGUCGUGGAGAACAACCUGUACGAACCUCUCCCUGGACCUGCCAACCCUGCUGCUACAUGGGAACGGCAAGGGACGGUAGUAGUGGAGAACGAUCUCUAUGAACCACUCGGUGUCCCUCGUACCAGCACCACCAGAGGACACACCCAUAGAUGA